AUGGAUGUCGACACGAUCCCCAACCUGCUGGCCGAUCAGCGUGACGCCGCCCCCGAAGAUGUUCAGCACUACUUUCUCCAAUUCGAAGACCUAUGGGAGCGCAAGCUGUGGCACGAACUGACCAACGACCUUGUCCUCUACUUCCAAAACGACCAUAGCCAGAAGCAGCGCUUGCCUCUCUACAACCAGUUCAUCAAGACUUUCGCCGACAAGAUCAACCAACUGCAGCUUGUCACUCUCGGUCUGAGCACUGCCUCACAAUGCAAAGGUAGCCUCCUCCUUCUUCCACAUAUGUCUUCGUCGCUGACACUGACUCCCAANGACGACAACGAGCGCUUCGAAUUCCUCACCAACCUCGCCUCGGGCGUUGACAAGCCCGCAUCACAGGACGCCUUUGUCUACGCUAAGGCCGCCGUAGCGAACGUCGAGUUGCGUUUGAAGAAGUACGAUGAAGCUCGCAAGGAUCUCGACCAGUGCGAGCAAAUCCUCGACACAUUCGACUCAGUUGAGUCCGUCGUGCACGCCUCGUUCUACCGCGUCAGCGCCGACUACCACCAAGCCAAGCAUGAGUUCGCCGCCUACUACCGCACCACUCUCCUCUACCUCGCAUGUAUCGACCUCGAAUCUCUCUCCCUGGAAGACCGCCAGCGCAUCGCUUACGACCUCUCGAUUGCUGCCCUCGUCUCCGACUCCAUCUACAACUUUGGUGAACUUCUUCUUCACCCUAUCCUCGACACACUUCAGAACACUCAGCACGCUUGGCUGCGUGAUCUUAUCAUCGCCUUCAACAAGGGCGAUUUGGGCGCCUACGACGUCUUGGCUGCACACAUGGGCAAGAACGACCUGCUUAAGGAGCACCAGAACUUCUUGUACCAAAAGAUCAGCUUGUCCGCUUUGACCGAGACUGUCUUCCGCCGCCCACCUCACGACCGUGCCAUGACAUUCACCGAGAUCGCUCAGCAGACCAAGGUCCAGCCGAACGAGAUCGAGCACCUCAUCAUGAAGGCACUCAGCCUAGGCCUUGUGCGUGGAACUAUCGACCAGGUCGCAGAGGUCGCCAGGAUAACAUGGGUUCAGCCCAAGGUGUUGGAUAAGGGUCAGAUCGUUAACAUGCGCGAAAGACUGCGUGCAUGGGACGAUGGCGUCAACAAGCUCGGAAACUGGAUCGAGAGUUCGGGUCAGGAGAUUUGGGCCGCAUAA